AUGAACACCUUUAAUCACACAAAUAAACCUGACUUCAUCCUCAUGGGACUAACAGACUCCAAAGAGAUCCAGUUGGUCCUCUCUGUGCUGUUUCUUCUGAUAUACGUGGUCACUGUGCUGGGGAACCUAGGCAUGAUACUGAUCAUUCGUCUAGAUGUCCAGCUUCACACUCCAAUGUAUUUCUUCCUCAUCCAUCUCUCGUUCCUUGACCUCAGUUACUCGACUGCCAUCACACCUAAAACCUUACAGAACCUGCUUACUUUGAACAGGAGCAUUUCUUUCAUAAGUUGUUUUACCCAAUUGUACAUUUUCAUCCUCUUGGCAGCUACUGAAUGUUUUCUGCUUUCCUCAAUGGCCUAUGACCGCUACAUUGCUAUCUGCAAACCUUUACAUUAUCCAGUUAUUAUGUCUUCACGAUGCUGCCUUGCCCUGCUCACUGGGUCCUACAUGACUGGAGCUGUGGAUUCCUCUGUUACUGUGUUUGUCAUGAUUACACUGCAUUUCUGCAAGUCCAAUGUUAUCCAUCACUUUUAUUGUGACACAUCUCCACUUUUAUCUCUGUCCUGCAGUGACACACAUGUAGUUGAAAUAAUUAUAUUCAUUUUUGCAGGCUCCACCAUUCUUGGGUCCCUUAUUACAGUAUCUGUAUCCUAUGUGUCUAUUCUUUCUACUAUUUUAAAGAUCAAUUCCACUUCAGGAAAGCAAAAAGCCUUCUCCACUUGUGCCUCUCACCUCCUUGGAGUUACUGUGUUUUACAGUACUCUGAUCUUUACCUAUUUAAAGCCAAGUGAAUCCUACUCAUUGGGAAAGGAUCAAGUAGCUUCUAUUUUUUAUACCAUUUUGAUCCCCAUGCUAAACCCACUCAUUUAUAGCCUCAGAAACAAGGAAGUGAAAGGUGCUGUUGUUAGAUUAGUGAAGAAGAGACAAGGAAACAGGGAGUUAAGAUAA